GGCGUCACGGUGCCAUCCCACCUCCACCUGGACCCGCCACCAGAACCCGGGAGGGUGAAGCUGCUGCUGGUUUUCCCGGGGAGCCCCGAGCGCUCCCCGCGAGCUCGGGCCGAGGCGGCUGGGGGGCUGCGAGGAUGGGGGGUGCUGGGUGCCGAGAUGGGCCGGCGAGCGCCCUGUAGGGCCACGGUUAGGAUCCCUUGGUGCCAGCACAUUUUGCAAUGCAAAUACCUUUCUCUUUGCAUCGAGCCCCGUUCUCAUGCAAAUCCCUGGGUUUUGUACUUUUUUUUUUUUUCUUUCCCCCCCUUUUUUUUUUUUUUUUUUUUCUCCCUCUGGUUCUAGAUCUCAGUGCAGUCAUUUUUACCCACGCAGAGGCCAGCUAGUCCAUCCCUGACCUCCAUCGCUCCCGGACACGCGAUGGGAUUGAAAUGCCGGGUGAAAAGCUGAGCUUUGUCCUGUAGUCACGCAGCGGGAUUUCCCCACUGGAGGAAACUUGGUGGGGACCGAGCACUCAAGGGACUGGACGUUCCUGUGGAUGUUGUAACAAUCCCGAGUGAUCGCAAUAAAAGCUGGCUGUUUGGAAGGGAUAUUAAACCUUCUGCGUCCAAGCUGACGCUGAGCAAUUUGAGAGCAGAAUGAGACCCCAUGGGGGAGUUGGAUUAAGCCACUUGGGCUUUCCUGCGUCCCUCUGAAGCACCCGGUCGUGCCAAUGGACCAAAGAGCUGGAAGUUUGUGGAUUCCUCCCAGCAGCGGCAUCUCCCGGGGCUGGAGCAGCGGCGGGGGGGACCAGGGUGGCCACUGUCCCAUCCCGACCUGGGGGGACUCGGCUGUGGAAAGGAGCAGAGCAGCCUCAGGGUUGAGGGAUGCACCGUGAGGGCGCUGGGAAGCCUCAGCAGAGAGGAGGUGGAGGGCUGGACAUGGCCUGGGGAGAAAGGAAGGAAAAUUGUUGGUGUUUGUGCUUCUGGAGGGGGCGCGCAAAGAGUUGGGGGCGAGGGGAUUGCCUUGGUGGCUUCUCUCCAGCUCCUCAGUGGGUGAUGCAUGGCCGGUGCUUGGGGUUUGAAUAGAUGUGAUGGGGUGAGCUGCUUUGACCCCCCCCCCAGCUCCUGCCUGGGGACCCCACCUUCCCCCCCCGCAUCCACACAGGAGCCCCCGUGGGGGUUUUUCAUAUCCACGCACCCACCUUCUGCUCUUUGCGGGUCACCUGUGGGCGCCCAGCUCCCGGUGCCGGCAGCACCCCUGCUGUCUCCCCAGCAUUCGGUGCUGGGGGGGGCAGGGGGGAGGCAGAUUUUGUGCGGAGGCAGCGUGUUUGUGUAGCCAAGCGAGCGAACGUGCUGGGCACUUGGCUCAGCAGGCCCAGGGCCGGGAGGUGCCCCCGGGUCCCAGGCCGGCUCUGGAGGCGUGCCGGCGGCAUCCCCACCGCGGGCAUCACCGCUCAGGGACCCCCGGGCCAACCAACCACCCCGGUGUCGGCACGGUGAGGGAGGACAGCCCCAAAAUUACGGUGUGAGGCAGGGCUGAGGCUCGCGUUGGGGUUUCUGCCUGACCAUAAACAGCUACGGACUCCGGCUUGCGGCGUGCCUCAGUUUCCCCAUCUCUGUCAAGGGCGGAGCUGGGCUUCCAGCCCUCCCAGGCUUACUGGGAGGAUCAACAGUGGUGGAGUCAUGUGCUGGGAAUCCAGGACCCCAGGGUCUUCCCGGCCCGCUCUGUGACUCAGUUUCCCCGUCGCCACGAUGCUUGUUGGGUCUAGCAGGGAAACACCUGCCCAGAUGUGGCUGAUGGUUCCUCCCGCUCCUGUUUGGCCCCGGCACUGAAGAAGCCAGCUAUCACCAGUGUGCGAAGGGCUGCGUUCACACCCCUCUCGUCACCACCUUCGAGCAUCCUGACUGAACGCUGGUAUUUAUUUAAUUGAUCUAGAUUUGCAGAUGCUGGAAAAAAAAAAAAAAAAAAAAGCACCAGUGGCGUAAAUCGCUGAGCUCUGGCACGGGAACGGCUGGACUCUCGCCGCUCCGCUCCAGUGCGAAGGCAGCCGGGCCUGUCCCAACCCUCCUGGCCAGCACAGAAGUGGUUCAGCCGCCGAUUUCUCCCUCUUCCCUUCGCUCAAAGUGGGUUUUUCUCCAGCAAACGUCGUGCCCCUCUCUCGUGAGGUCUCAAUGCUGAAUAAAGCAGGGCGAGAGAAACACGGCGUGGGUUUGUGCUGCCCGGUCCGAGGGGCAUGCUGCCUGGCUGGGGCCAGGAGGAGAGGAUUUCCCUCUUGGGAUUUCCCCUGGAGCUGUUUGAAAUAAGAAAGCUUUCUCAUCUAGAAACGCUUGGAUUAUUUUUUUUUUUUUUUUUUUUUUGAGCAUUUGAAUGCAAAAGAUAGUUCAUGUUUGAGGUUCUCGGACUCAAAGGCAGGAGAGACGGCGGCAGUGGCUUUUCUGACCGCCCCGAAGCCCCAGCCGAUCUCUCUCUGCUUUGAACCCUGUGAUGUGCUCCAGCAUCAUCCCGAGAAGCCAUCCAGUCUGGACUUGAAGAUGUCAAGAGAUGGCAAAUCCUCACCUCCCCUGGGGAGUUUGUUCUGAUGGUUAAUCACCUCGCUAUUAAAAAUGAGAGUUUUCCUCCUCGUUUGCAUGCGUCUGGCUCUGGCUCCCAGCCCUCGGCGGUUGCUCUGCGUCUCUACGGGCUCGGUAAGGCGAAGCUGCUUCUCCUGGAGACGAGGCAUCCAUUGCCAGCCUCUCCACCCGAGCACCUCGUGCUGCCGAACCGGCUUUCCUCACUCUGCCGGGCAAACCAUCAAAAAAAAAAAAAAAAAAAAAAAAUCCCUUUCUUCCCCGCCGGAGCGGCCAAGUUGCUCCACCAGCACCCAAGUGUCGGCAGGACAGGAGGACGAGGAGCUCCGGGUUCCAGCGACCUGUGGGGAUGGCUGUUUGAUUUACAAAUUAACCUCGCUGGGUUGGGGGGGGGGGGGGGUGUUAUUCCCCCCCGCCAGCCUUUGCCGGGGAGAAAAUUCGGCUGUUUUGUUCCUGGCAAGACGGAGGGUCCUCGUCGGUCUGGAUGUGGAGGUCGCCCGUGGUUCAGUCAUGGAUCGUGCCGGAGCAAACCGUCCCGCGCCGCGGCUCUGCCCUGGGAAAGGGCCCCAAAGCCUCUGCCCGUGACCUCUGCUCCUUCGUCAGCGUGAGAUCCCAGUGCCCGCCUUGUUCUCCCUCUGAACAGAUCAACCUUCAGCUCUGGUUUUUGCCUCUGGGACCUGGACAGCCUUGAGCUCCCCACGCCACCGUGGGGGGACCCCUGACUCGGGGGGGGGGGGGGGUGGCCUUGAAGCGUGGCUGCUGGCCGCGGGAUUGUGGUGGCCGAGGAGCAGUCAAUCCGCGGGCCGGUGGUGCCUUGAAUCGCCGAGAUGCGUUGGAAAACCCCACCUUGAUUUUGGUUGAUAAAUCAGCUUCGCCUCCCCUGGCUCUGGCUGGCGGGGGGGGGCGCGGGAACAGGGGGGGAGCGGUGCUCAGCCUGGCUCUGGACGCCUCGGGGAGGGCCACAUCCAGUGCUGAGCUCGACCGCGGCCCCCCGGCACGGCCGCCCGUCCUGUGAGUGGCUUCCCCCCACCACCACCCCCAGCCCCUACUCCAUGCGCAGCCCCCCCCCCACUUUAGCCCCCGCCAGCUGGAUGCCAUCCCCGCCGGAGGCUCAGGAUGCCCCGAGUGCCUCGGUGACCACCAGGACGGGGGACAGCACCCGCCUGCACCCGCUUCACCCCCACCUCCCCGCCGGCAGGCGAACCGUUUUCUCCUGAAACGAGCCCAACCAGGUGAUCAAAAUAGAGUCCCUCAAGGUGACAGUCGACUUCUUGAAGGUGCCCCUGGGCCUGAAGAAGCCCCCUCUGAAGGAGGCCCUGGCCGCUGUCCCGGGGCCGGGGAGACCCAAGCCCUUCGGCGUGGAGCGGCACAAGCCCCGGCGCUCCGACACCAUGGACAAUGAGUCGCAGUACUCGGGAUAUUCCUACAAGUCCGGGCAUUCCCGCAGCUCCCGCAAGCACAGGGACCGGCGGGACCGCCACCGCUCCAAAAGCCGGGACGGGAGCCGGGGGGACAAGUCGGUGACCAUCCAAGCGCCGGGCGAGCCCUUGUUGGACAAUGAGUCCACCCGGGGGGACGAGAGGGAUGACAACUGGGGCGAGACCACCACGGUGGUGACGGGGACGUCGGAGCACAGCAUCUCGCACGAUGACAUCACCCGCAUCACCAAGGACAUGGAGGACAGCGCCCACCUGGACUGCUCCCGGCACCUGGGCGUCUCGCUGGCCGGGGCGCUGGCGCUGCUUGCCUUCCUCACCCCCCUCGCCUUCAUGCUCCUGCCCCAGCUGCUGUGGCGGGAGGAGCUGGAGCCCUGCGGGACACCCUGCGAGGGGCUCUUCAUCUCCGUGGCCUUCAAACUCCUCAUCCUCCUGCUGGGCAGCUGGGCUCUUUUCUUCCGUCGCCCCAAAGCCUUCUUCCCUCGCGUCUUCGUCUUCCGAGCGUUGCUCAUGGUGCUCGUCUUCCUCCUCGUCGUUUCCUACUGGCUUUUCUACGGCGUGCGGAUCCUGGAUUCGCGGGACCGCAACUACCAGGGGGUGGUGCAGUACGCCGUCUCGCUGGUGGACGCGCUGCUCUUCGUGCACUACUUGGCCGUGGUGCUGCUGGAGCUGCGGCAGCUCCAGCCCCAGUUCACCCUCAAGGCCGUGCGCUCCGCCGACGGGGCCAGCCGCUUCUACAACGUCGGCCACCUCAGCAUCCAGCGAGCAGCCGUGUGGAUCCUGGAGAACUAUUACCACGAUUUCCCGGUCUACAACCCCGCCCUCCUCAACCUGCCAAAAUCCGUCCUGUCCAAGAAAAUGUCCGGGUUUAAAGUCUAUUCCCUCGGCGAGGAAAACACGACGAACAAUUCCACGGGCCAGUCCCGGGCCGUCAUCGCGGCGGCUGCCCGGAGACGCGACAACAGCCACAACGAGUAUUACUACGAGGAGGCAGAGCACGAGCGCAGGGUGCGGAAACGCCGCGCCAGGCUGGUGGUGGCGGUGGAAGAAGCCUUCACCCACAUCAAGCGGCUGCAGGAGGAGGACCAGAAGAACCCACGGGAGAUCAUGGACCCACGGGAGGCAGCUCAAGCCAUCUUCGCCUCCAUGGCCCGGGCCAUGCAGAAAUACCUGCGCACCACCAAGCAGCAGCCCUACCACACCAUGGAGAGCAUCCUGCAGCACCUCGAGUUCUGCAUCACCCACGACAUGACGCCCAAGGCGUUUCUUGAGCGGUACCUGACGGCCGGGCCCACCAUCCAGUACCACAAGGACCGCUGGCUGGCCAAGCAGUGGACGCUGGUCAGCGAGGAGCCGGUGACGAACGGCCUGAAAGAUGGGGUGGUCUUCGUGCUGAAGCGCCAGGACUUCAGCCUCGUGGUGAGCACCAAGAAGAUCCCUUUCUUCAAGCUCUCGGAGGAGUUUGUGGACCCCAAGUCGCACAAGUUCGUCAUGAGGCUGCAGUCGGAGACCUCCGUGUGAGCUGAAGAGGGAUGGAGAGGGGUCGGGGGGGGGGGGGGGGGGGAAGACCCUCUCCGCACCCCUCCGUCUCGUCCUCCCCAUCUCCGCCGGGGUUCAGGGAGGCCACGGCUCGAGGGCAGAACUGCGGCGGGCGCCGGGAAGCAGCACCCAGGCCCGGCUCCAUCACCUACCUGUGACCACUCGCCCUCCGCCUCAGCUUGGCCCGCGUUGGGGUGGGCUGAGCCCCUUCCUCCUCCUCCUCUUCCUCCUCCUCCUCCUCCUCCCCUGAAACCCAGGUCCUUGUAGCGUCCCCCCAGAAGGCGCAGCCGGCGGAGGACAGUGGCAUGGCCAGGAAGGAGACGGCGUUUCGGUGCCAUAACUCAAGGGCUAACUCUACGUGUUCUUCACCAGCGUCUUCAAGCACCAUCAGGUCCCAAGGACCUUCUGCUCUUGCCCCUUUUUCUACCUGGCAACUGGCCCGGCUCUGACCUUAAACCACCGCCCACCGUCUGGGGCUGGUUUUUAAUCCUAGAGAUUUUGGGGAGGGGAGUAUUUUGCAAACACCUCCGCAAUCAGUGGCUGCUAUGAAAACCUCCCCCAGCGUCCAAGACACCGGAGCGGCGAUGCUCCCGGCUGUAGGAACAUCCUCCUCGCCUCUCUGCUGAUGGUCUACCGCGCUCAGCUCUUCACAAAAGCAAAUGAAAAUCUGUUUUUUACGAGAAGCAGAAGGAUUUUUUUUUUUUUUUUUUUAAGUGGUUUCCUUGCUCCUGAGGUGACCCAUGUCCUUGGUCCCAGCAGCAUCUCCAUGGGGCUUCCCCAUGCCGGUUGGAGCUGUGGCCGCAGGUUGCAGGCAGAGCAGCUUAAAAUGUCCCUCAGGGUCCAAUCCUGGACCUGGAGCCGGUGGGGUGAGUGAAACGAGGGGUUCCUGGUGAGGGUGAUGAGGGCUCGUGGCUCAGUGAGGUCCUUAAUUAAUGUCCCGUGGUGGCAGGUGGCCCGUGGCGAUCCCACGAGCAGCAGCCUCCUCGCCACGGGGGACGCGAAAGCGUUUUGCCUUCCCUUGUAUUUGUUAAGGUCGCAAAUACCUCAUGGAUUUAUUUUAAUUUUUCCUUUUUCCCCUCUGGAUCCUGUUGUCUGGCCACACUGUGUCGGGUCGGGGGUCUCGUGGGGUCCCGGGGGGGUUGUGGCUGGGCAGGGCGGGGGCUGGUUUGGCCGUGGGAGCUGCCAGAUUUCAUCCCGGGGAGGCGUGCGGUUGGAUUUGAUUCUGAUUUAUUUGAUUUAUUUUGUCCUAAGCACUAAAAGGGUGUGAGUUCGGGGGGGGGGGGGCAACGCUUGGGCCGUGGCACACUGGUCAUGUGUGUCACCCCAGAGGGGUUGGGGGCUUCCCCAGUUAGCACCAGUAACAACAUUAAGGUGCUGGAGGGGUCCUGGGGGUCCAUCCCCAUCCAGCACUGCGCUACUCGGGGCUGGAUUUCCCAAUUUCCAGGAAAUUGUAAUUUUGGGGGAGUUUCUCACCCCUCUCUGCCACUCCCCCUCAUCUUCCAGCCUCUCGAGGCCGAAGGACCCAGGUUUCACCCCCCUGGUCCCCCUCACUCUAUCAGUGCUGCUGCCACUGGGAGCCCAUUUUGGGGUGUUUUACUGCAAAAAAGACUUCAGUGAGUGCGAGUGGAUGGGUCGGCCGGGGAGGGGGGAUUUUUCACUUGGAGUUUAAGAAGAAUAAACCCUUUUUCGUUCA